CAUAAUUUCCAAUUUUAGAUAACCAAAUUCCAACAAGCCGGUUUGUAUCUACGAAACCGUACCAGCGGAGAAUUACACGAAGCAGCUUUCUCAAACACCACAAGCCCCAUCUUCAAAACGUUUCGAACUCGUAAAGUGGAAAAUUUGUGGAUACAAUGCUGUCAAGCUGCUGUCAGAUGCUGCGAAAACAUGAGGCGAAGCACUCCCUCAUCAGAUAAGUUCAUUUGUCCUCGUACAUGGGAUGGGUGGAAUUGUUGGCCAGAUACACCAAAUGGAACUGUUGCAAAAGAAAUUUGUCCCCCUUACAUAUAUUUUCAUAGCGAUGAACCACAGUGCACUCAUUUUGCUACAAAGACUUGCUGGGAAAAUUCAACGUGGUUUCGAAACCACAAAGGAAAUGAAUACAGCAAUUACUCUACUUGUGCCCAAAGUAAGGAUAUCAGAAUACUGUUGAAAAGUCAUCUUGUGACGUUCAUAAUCUCAAUUCUCUUGCUCAUUCCCGCGCUGGUUAUAUUUUUCUCGUACAGGCAACUACGAGUGCAUCGGAUAUUUAUGCAUAAGAAUCUCUUCACAUCUUUGCUUUUAUCUUCAUUGUGUGUCGUAAUAUUCGAAAGCUAUUUCAUUAUGGAUUCCAUCAAUAACCCAGGUGACAGUAUGGUGGAAGCAAACGGGGCUGGAUGCAAAAUCUUUUACACGAUCACCAAGUACUUGAGAUUGUCAACUUACGCGUGGAUGUUUUGUGAAGGCUAUUAUUUGCACAAGCUCAUCGCUGCAGCAUUUGCGGAACAAAAGAGUUAUCAUGUCUUUUAUAUCAUUGGAUGGGGUGUACCUGUAGUUCCAGUGUUAAUAUGGGCAGUAACUAGACAAACUAAAGCCGAUGAAUCGUGUUGGAUAGUACCAGCAGAAAAAUAUGAAUGGGUGUUGCUGGCUCCGAUGCUUGUGGCGUUACUGGCUAAUUUCUGUUUUCUUGCACAUAUUAUUCAAGUUGUAAUCACAAAGUUGAGAUCGACGAAUAUUGACGAACCAACGCAAUUCAGGCGAGCAGUUCGUGCAACUAUGGUUCUUAUUCCAUUAUUUGGAUUACAUUUCCUGCUUAUCAGUUACCAUCCCACAAAGGGAGACUGUUACAUUCUGCAAAUUUAUAAUAUUGCAACGUAUUCCAUGGAUGGAUUGCAAGGUGGAAUUGUAUCACUCAUAUUCUGUUAUUUCAACAAUGAAGUUUUAUUUCUUCUGAAGCGAACUUACAGUCGUCAAAAAAUGGUUCGAGAUAUUUCAAGUCAUAUGAGCAGCAGAAAGAAAUCUCGGGAAUCGAGAACAUCUGUGUCUACAAAUGCUGAAUCAAUUGUUAAUGAAUAUGGUGUAGUUACGAUUAAAAAAUGACGACACAGAAGGCGCAGGAAGCGCCGUAAUCGUAUACAUCAUCAACCAAUACUUAUCACUGCUUUGUAGAUAUUUCAUAAAAAUUGUGAAUUUAUGUCGAUCAUUCACUCUGAGAAGUUCCAUGUAGAAAAAUUUGGCAUUUUCAUAUGCAGUUGCUACAUACAUUAAUCCCUAAAAUUCUGCUGUAGGCAACUGAAAGUUUCAAACAAGUUUCCAUAUUUGUAUACCGUAAAAACAACAAAUUGCAUAUAUUGUUUAAACUGUGAUAGAAUGCAUUCAUCUGUUAUUCCUACCAAUGCAUAAUAACUGCAGAAGAGUAAUUAUUAUGCGUUAAGCACGUGUAUAUAAUUAACGAUAUUGUACAUAAUGUUUUAUAUUCAUAUAUGUUCGUAAUUUGUUUCCUGUAAAUAAAAUAAUUCAUUUUAUGAACA